AUGCUCUACAGCUUCCCGACCUCUGCCAAAUACGUCGCGAAUGAUAUCUGGGAGCUCAUGGAGGUACAGGUACUGGUGCGGGAGCCGGUGCGGGAGCCGGUGCGGGAGCCGGUGCGGGAGCCGGUGCGGGAGCCGGUGCGGGAGCCGGUGCGGGAGCCGGUGCGGGAGCCGGUGCGGUAA